UUUACUGGAUCAUCCAUCCAUUCAUCCAUCCCCCAAUUUCAACUCGCGAAACGAAUGGACUCCGAAAAAGGCGAAGUAAAUCCUCUGAGAGCUCCCCUAAUCAAUGGCGACGAGCCUCUGCCAUUCCAUCACAGCACCCUCGCGCCUCUCCUGCUCUCUUCACGGCUCGAUUCUCGCACGCCCUUCCUCUUUCGGCGGCGGGUGCCUCCCACAGAGCCGCUCAGUUCUUUCGUCCCCUCUUCCCCGAGCAAGACGAAAGGCUUUUCAGGCUCUCCCUCUUCUCAGCUCGUCGGACGCAGCAGAAAAGCGUUCGGUGCGCUGCGGUUCUGUCAGAACAAUCGUUCAGAGCGAGUUCGCCGGCGAGGUGUUGGGGUCGGACAUUCCUGUGCUUGUGGACUUCGUCGCGGAUUGGUGCGGGCCUUGCCGUUUAAUCUCGCCUAUAAUCGAAUGGGCUUCCCAGGAAUACAAUGGCAGAUUAAAGGUUUUCAAGAUUGAUCAUGAUGCAAAUCCCAAGUUAAUUGAAGAGUACAAAGUCUAUGGCCUUCCAACCUUGAUUCUCUUUAAGAAUGGCGAAGAGGUUCCAGAAAGCCGAAGAGAGGGCGCAAUUACAAAGAUUAAGCUAAAAGAGUAUUUGGAUUCUUUGUUGAGUUCAACAAAGGUUGUUUGAAGUUACUUAAAAACCAAUUCUUUCAGGAAUCUUGGAUUCCACAUACUGUAGCUUCAGAUUUUGCUAAGAAAUAUUGGUAUGCCAUGUUUUAGAGCUUGCCUUUGCCUGAAGCCUUUUCAGUGUAAUAUUUCUUCACAGUAACUUGUGAAAUUUGUUCUUGGCAAUUUAUGAAAUGAGUCAAGUGCAAUAAAAA